CAAGGAAGACUAUCUCUGACCAAUAAUAAUAAAAAAAAAAAGUUAACACAGCGUUCCUCCACCCCAGAACAUAAAAAUCAACAAAAUUCCAGACACGACCGCAGCCGCAGCCGCAGCUGCCAUUGAUGGGUGCCACAGAACCCGUGGAUGAGAGGGAGACCGGUGGGGUUGAAGCGAGAGAGGAGAAUGACAAGAAAGAGGAGGAGGAAGUGAAAGAUGUGGAGAAAGGUGAGGUGGGUUUUCAAGAAGAGUUGGUUGGGAGCAAUAACCAUGGAGAUUUUCACUUGUCAAGGGUGCAGAGGCUGAACCCCACAAACCCCUUGAGGAUCGUCAUCAACAGUGCCACUAGAGUUGGAACUCCCUCUCCUUCUCAGCUUUCCCAGCCUUCCCAGCCUGCUCAGUCUCGCUCUACACCAACCCCACAACCGUCACUAACGACGCUGAAUUCAAGAGCAUACACCAACAGAAUAUCUCUGGUUCUGUUCCUUGUGCAUAUGGUUGUGGUUGUUGGGCUAGUUGGUUUUCUUGCGUUCAAGGGUAUUCAAGGGCUAAUUGUAGCUUCAGAAUCUGUUAAAAGAAAAGAGAAACACGUGUUAAUGCAUUAUCUACCACAAGUCGAAGCUGCAUCUCUUUUAAGCAUUAGUCUUGCGUUUGCAUGGCAAAAGGCAGUCAGGGAAUGGCCUAGAUUCAUGGUUCGUUUUAUACUAUGGAGUUCUUUUCUCUUGUCGCUAUCUGCUGGAAUUCUACUUAUUUGCUUCCAAAAGCCUCCCACGGAUGGCCUUGGAGUCUGUUUUAUUGCCUUUGCAGUAGGCAAUGGAUUAUAUGCUUGUUGGAUCACGCAGCGAAUUGGGUUUUGUUGUAAGGUCCUGGUCAAAUCACUUGAACCUGUUUCAAAAUUCCCUGGUUUGAAUGAGCCUAUUUACUGGAUGCUUGGGGCCGGAUUCAUGUGGAUGUCCCUGUGGAUUUUCGCUGUGGUUGGAGCCUUGAAUUUUUACUUUCCCCCAUUGAUCAUAAUUGCAUUGGUUUUGAGCUUGGUUUGGACCGCCGAAGUCAUGAGAAAUGUUGCUAAUUUGACAGUAAGUAGGGUAAUUGCUCUCUAUUAUCUCAGGGGAAUGCAAUCUAAUAUCCAAUUCUGCUUCCAAAGAGCCUUGACUCAGAAUCUUGGAAGUGCUUGCUUAGGCUCUCUCUUUGUGCCUGCAAUUGAGGCCCUGAGAAUUGUUGCUCGGACUCUGAAUUUGCUUGAGGGAGAAGAUGAGUUUAUGUUUUGCUGUGCACAUUGCUGUCUCAGAGUCAUGGAGUCCAUCUUCAGAAAUGGAAAUGGCUGGGCCUAUGUGCAGAUAGCAGCAUAUGGAAAAGGUUUUGUGAAGGCAUCACAAGACACUUGGGAGCUCUUUAAGAAGCAAGAAAUGGAAGCUAUCGUUGACUCUGACAUAAACAGCUCAAUUUGCUUUCUAACCGGAGUCUGUAGUGGCUCUAUCUGUGUCAUAGUUAUAGCUGCUUGGACUGCCAAAGUCCACCAAACUUACACAGCCACCGUUUCACUACUUGCAUUCUUCAUUGGAUACCUAAUGACCAGGAUUUCCAUGGCAGUACCACAUGCCUGCGUGAGCUGUUACUACGUUUGCUAUGCAGAGAAUCCUGAAAACAGGCUGUAUGAUAAAAUAAUAAAGGAUCGUCUCAACUUGAUCAAAGCUGGCCGUGAUGCGGUUGUACCUACACCUAGAGUUCCCCACCAGUUUGCAGCAAGGUAGCCCGGGGUUUGAUUUCUCCUCUUAAUGGUAUUAAAACAUGUUGGCAUCAUUUUGAUGGUCAUACCAUACCAUCAGGGGCUUUUGAAGACUUCACUCAACCCAACUGAACUCAAGCUAAAGGAUAAACAAUGGAUGAGAUGGUGGCGCCCAUGACAAUGAUUUUGAAUGUGAAAGUUCAACCAUUAUUGGAUGUUUUGGCAUUGGAUAGAAAGUGGAGAGCCACUCAGAUUCCAGCGAACAAGAAGGCUACAAGACAAAGUGUCCUUUGGCCGUGUCCUACUCCUCUGUAUAAUGAAUAGACUAUUCGAAUAUUGAUAAUUAACAUUGUAAAAUACAUUUGGGAGAGGACCCUUGAUUGAUUUAUUAGCUUUA